AUUUUCAAAUUAUCCUCCAAACUAUACAAUUCGAUUAAUAUUUAAGAAAUCGAUCAUAUAUGAGAUAUUACAAGUGUGAACAAUUAAUUUUAAAACACGACUUUUAUAUCAGAUGGCGGUAAUAUGCUACGUUUAAGUCUAACAUGAAACAUCGCUAUCUAUUCGUUUCAUCCAUGAUUUUGUCGUAUAACCUAGAAUCUUGACACUUUAAGUACGGCGUUGUGUAAAUGUGAAACGGACGAUUAACGCCGAACAAAGUCUGCGAACUUUUGUUUAAACGUUAGUUUUAGUGUUAUUAACGAACCGAUUGCUGAGGUGAAAGUAAAAAUCAAGUUGGAAGUUGCGAUUGGAAAAAGCAUGAAAUUGACAGAAAUAACGUAUUGGUUUGGUAUCGUGUCGCGGUAUUUCUAAACGCGGGUUGGUUCUUUACCCUCCCCUCCCCUCUUGCCCUCCGAAUCCCUUCUGAAAAUCUCGUAGCAUCCUUGCGCGCGAAACACGCGUAUGCCGGUGGACGCACAUUGUGUGCCAGUACUUCGAUGUACAUACCUGUGAAUAGUGUAUUUUAAGCUUUAGUUUUACGGGAUGAGCGUGUGAAAGACCGAAGCGUACAUAGUAACUGUGAAAAUAUCGAGUAGUAUAGAACGAAACGAACGAUAUUUGUCAAUUGAUUUCGACUAUAGUCAUCGCAGUAAUUGAGGUAAAGCUUGUAACGUAAAUCGAAAGAGGGAACACGUCCAUUAUCGUACCUGGUAUAGUUUCGGGGAAAGGGAUUUGUUAACAUCAACAACGAUACAAAGAAUCUAAUUUUACGAAUCUUUUGGUUCCUCCCCCUCUCUACUUUCCUACCCUUAAUUCCCUCUCGUCCGUUGAUGAACAAGCAGUUGUCGUUUUUUGCAUGUUUCACUUUUUUUUCUUCGGCAUCCCCUCAGUUUCAUUCGUCCGUCGCUGAAGCGGUUGUGUCGUUUGGUAAAACUCGAGGAGCCGUGUAGACUUAAAGUUGCAUUCGGUUCGACAAUUCUCUUUGUGUUCUCUUGUUCCCCGUGUCCGGCAGUGUUGUCAAAAUUCCGGCAGCACCGCUGUAUUCCAGCUGCCAUUGCUGUACUGUCUAGCGUUCAAUCACAGGCAUUCAUAAAUACGAUUCUAUUUAGUGAUUAUUCUUGUUAUCGUUGCCGUUCUCGUCGUCGUGGAAACAAUGAAGAUGUCACAUUGUUAAGAGUCACACGUAGAACAUGCUCGCAGAACAUACAUAGCGGGUGAUUUUACCUUUAGCUCCAGACGCCGGUUCUGAGCGAGCUAACCUUCACAGUGAGGGAACAUCUUAUCUGUUUGAUCAUCGUUCGUCGGACCUGAAGCAGUGGUACAGAUUGACAGAACGAUGAAGUGGCUCGGUGCGAGUAGCGCUGGUGCUGCGGGUGAACCGGCACCUUCUAUGCAAUUGCACCAUCCUUCCGCGAAUGGACACAUACCCACAGAUACAGAACAAUGUGGGCAAGUAAUGGCUGGCGGUGAUAGUAUGCGUAUACAACCUGGUCAAACACAUCAAAUUGGUGUGAACAGAACUCAAGAUGAUGCCAUGGUGGGUUACGUAUUUCAACGACCUACGGAAGCAGAAUUUAAUGCCCAGUCUUCAGCUUUCCAAACAAAACAGGCACCACGUGCUUGGGCUCUUGCAGAUGAUGCUAUUAUUGAUAAUAAUCCAGAAAAAUGGAAAUAUCCCAUUACUAAACUGAGUGUACCACAACAGAAUCAACCACAACAAUUGGGUUUGCAAACUAUGAACAAUGUUCAUUUACCUUAUGAAAUCCAUCCAAUGCAACUUAAAAGUGGAGCACCAGGAACAGAACAUUUAGUUUACCUUAAUAAUCAAAUGACAGCACAGCAACAAGUUGCCCUCUUUCAUCAUCAACAGCAGCAACAACAACAACAACAAUUCAGAAAUGGCCAGGUGACGCGCCGUGCCGAGGGUACCUUGGAGACGGUGGAGAGUUUCGGUGUAGGGUACGGCCAGGGAGCAGGUACGAGCACAGGCGACUGGAUGAAACCACCGGGGGAUCUUUUCCUUUACUGCGACAUGAAGGAUUUGGGGGCCGACAUGAUCGCUCCCUCGACAAAAAAGCUUUGGGGCGUGGACGAGGGCGGCUCCAAGGACGAAGGGGGUGUAAAAGGCGGUGGGAUACUUCACUUGGGCGACCACCAGAUGUGGCGAGAUUCUACCUGGAGCACCUCAGACCAUGCCGUCUCACAACCGAUCUCCAUGGGCACAGGUAGGCGUGUGGGUGUCGGGACUGGUUAUCAUCAUCAAACAUCAGAAGUUGGGACGGUCCUUAGCCCCAGAAGCAGUGAAACGGGUGGUCUGGGGGUUAAAAUGGUCGAAUACGUUCUUGGGUCGAGCCCUACGACACCUAAAGAUUUGGAACCCAGAAUGGUUUCUCUGAGAUUGAACACCGAUGCAGACAAGAAAGAAAAAGAGAAGGGCUCGGCAAGUCCUUUUGACAGUUCUAAAGACGACACAGGUCCACAAAACAACGGAUUAACAUCUCAAAAUGGUCUCGAUGACGAUAAAGGAUUUAAUCGUACACCCGGGAGUCGGCAACCUUCUCCAGGCGAAGAGGAAUUUCAGAAGAACGCAGCAACGACUCUUGUGAGUGCUGGAGGUGGUGGAGUCGUGUUAUUGAAACCUGGUGUCGAUGUGGUUGGAAGCGAAGAACAUUUCAUGGCCGCCUUUGCAGCGGCUCCACCGCAUCAUUUGCAACAUCAUCAAGCACCACCGACGCAUCAUCUUCAGCACCCGCACUCGCAUGCGGCGCAACUCUUUGGUGCACAGGCUCCUCCACCCCCACAGGGUCCGCCACCUUCGCAACAACAACAGCAGCAACAGGGGCCCCCACAGGCGCAAGACACCACCACUCACUUUGAUGUUCAGCAACUAUUCCGAAGUCAGCCGCAAGGAGCUACGCCACAGCAGUUGCAACUCCUGCAACAGCAGCAACAACAGCAGCAGCAGCAGUACCUAGCCGCCUCGCAAGCUCAACAACAACAACAGCAACAACAACAGCAGAACUUUCCCACGGCACCGUAUACCGUAAUCAGCGGUCAAGAACCAUAUGUCGGAGCAUUGAUAGCCGGUGCACCACCUCCAGUGGUGCCGCAGUAUUAUGGAGUAGCGCCGUGGGUUUAUCCAGCCGGAUUGCUACCGCAGGCACCUCCUCAAGCUGCCGCUCCGCCGCCUCCUAGGAGACCAUUGACACCAUCUUCGGCUGCGGCGGCAGCUGCCGUUCAAGACACUGCAAAUAAUUUGGCUCAAACUGUUCAAGGCCAAUAUCAGGUGAUACCGGCGUACUACGAUCAGAAUGGAUCCAUCGUGAUGGGUGGGGUGCGUGGAUUAAGCUCCGCGGCAACCCCUAUGAGAUUAGUCAGCCCAGCGCCCGUUUUGGUAAACAGAGCUCCGUCACAACCACCACCAGGACCACCGGCUCCACCACCACCGAGUCUAUAUUCCCAGCCAACUCCUACGUCCCAUAGUAACGCAACACCGGGAGAAUGUUUGGGUCUGGCGGCGUGCAGUGCAGCAGCAGUGGUUGCACAGGCUCAAGCAGUUGCGGUACAGCAGGCACAACAGCAAGGAUCGGGACUAGCCGCAGGUUUAGCGGCACUAGGAUAUGGCGGCUCCCCUCUGGGAGCACUAGGCUCGCCCGCUCAGCUUCAGAGUACAGGUCUAGGUCUUGGAGCUUCUUCGACCGCCCGAAGAGAUUCGUUCGAUAGAAAUACAUCUGCUUUCAGCCCUAGCUUGGAGUACAGCCGUGCAAAAUGGCCUCAGAGUUACGGAGCCCUAGGCACAGUAACUGCAUCGCCAAGCCCAUUAGGAUUAUCCUUAACACCACCGCCAACUUUGGGAGGGUCUUUAGGUGGACUCGUCGGUGGAGCAAGUCGGGUAUCUGCUGCCCCCGGCGCUGAAGCCAAGUUCCGUGCUAGCGCAGUUCCAGCUUUAACAGCCAACGGGGUUUUCGGCUCUAGUAGCUCUCUUUUCCCGAACUUGGUGGGCAAACCUGGCCGCAGUGGCACGACCAGCAUCGGGGACAAAAAUGCUGGUGGACGAUCACGUUUGUUAGAAGACUUUAGGAAUAACCGAUUCCCGAGUCUUCAGCUACGUGAUUUGGCCAAUCACAUAGUUGAAUUCAGUCAAGAUCAGCAUGGUUCCCGUUUUAUUCAGCAGAAAUUAGAACGUGCUUCGGCUAGCGAAAAGCAGCUUGUAUUCCAAGAGAUCCUUACUUCUGCUUAUUCAUUGAUGACCGAUGUUUUCGGGAAUUAUGUUAUUCAGAAGUUCUUCGAGUUCGGUACGCCGGAACAAAAAUCCACCCUUGCCCAGAAGGUUCGAGGACACGUACUGCCUUUGGCACUGCAAAUGUACGGUUGUAGAGUGAUUCAGAAAGCUCUCGAAUCGAUCGGACCAGAACAGCAACAAGAGAUUGUCCGUGAACUGGACGGGCACGUUUUGAAAUGCGUUAAAGAUCAAAAUGGAAAUCACGUUGUGCAAAAAUGCAUCGAGUGCGUUGAACCACGAGCACUGCAGUUUGUAAUCGGAGCAUUCGCUGGUCAAGUGUAUUCCUUGAGUACUCAUCCCUACGGUUGCAGAGUAAUUCAACGUAUUCUCGAGCACUGCACUCCUGAACAAACUCAGGGCAUUCUUCAAGAGUUACACGCUGCAACUGACCAACUUAUUCAAGAUCAAUAUGGAAAUUAUGUGAUCCAACAUGUGCUUGAACAUGGAAAGCCGGAAGACAAGGCACAGUUAAUCAGCAGUGUUAGGGGUAAAGUACUUACUCUCUCUCAACAUAAAUUUGCGAGCAACGUCGUUGAAAAGUGUGUGACCCAUGCUACAAGACAAGAGCGUGCUGUACUCAUUGAGGAAGUAUGCGGAUUUAACGACAACGCAUUGAACGUCAUGAUGAAGGAUCAGUAUGCCAACUACGUGGUUCAGAAAAUGAUCGAUGUAGCAGAACCAGCACAACGUAAAGUACUGAUGCACAAGAUCCGCCCACAUUUAGGUAGCUUGCGCAAGUACACCUAUGGCAAGCACAUCAUUGUCAAGCUGGAGAAAUUCUUCAUGAAAACUGCAUCUGCAAUGGGGGUAGCAACACCCGCUGGUGCUACGAGUGGUGGAGGUGAUCUUGGUCCUAUUGGACCGCCUGCUUCUGCUGCUGGUGCAGUAUCUACACCAGCUCAGCAGCCAACGCAGGUUUUAUAAGCGUACGGUUUCGGAAAGUAACAACUUGAGGAUCUUCGUACGUUCAAAAAAAUACGUACUAAGAUCUACGUAAUAUUUAUGCAACGUAUCUAUCGUCAUUAAACAUAUAAUGGACGAGGAAAAAAAAAAGAAUGCAUUUCAAUGUGCCGCUUGUCACGUUGUCCCUUCUUGAAACUAUAAAGUUGAAAGAAGAGAACACGCGCGUAUUCACUUAAGACGAAAAAAAAGUACUACCGAGAUAAUUUUUCUUAUUUUUGCAAAACCAUAAAGAACGAGAGACGCUAACAAUUUGUACAGAUCAACAAGAAUGGACAACGCGAAAUUACGGUACGAGGAGAACGAAUUUUUAGGUCAAAUAUGUGUCAGGAAAAAUCAACUUCUAAAAUAACGUUAGUACAGUGCAUUUUUUCUAUUAGUAAUCAAACGUGCUGCCGAGUAAUAUAUCAAUAGCGAUUUACAUUGAAAUGUCGCGGAAGUUGCAUUAAUAACGUUCGAGAGCCGAGUUUCCUCACAAUAGCUGGAUAAGCUUCGAGCAACUAUAUAAAAGAAACUAGUGCUGAGAUGGCUGAUUGUAUUUUAAACACCACUCGUUUUCAAUGAGUUUUAGAACAGUUUUAACGGCAUGAUAGUUCCAACAAUUUAUGACAUACUUCCCCUCAUUUUGGGUAAAAUUGUUAAGCUCUUUAAACUCAGCACUCUUUUGAAAGAGCGUAGGCCCUGUCCUCUGGCAAACAUUUAAACACCUAUGAGAAAAGCAUAAAACAAUGAAAGAACAAGAGGAGAAGUUAGUUGAGUCAUACGGCUCAUCGUGAUUAAAACUCGGUAAUAACAACAAAAAUUUUGAAGAAGAGAAAAUUGUGUUUAGACAGCUAGGAUAGAUCUUAGAGCUGCAUGCAUUUAUAUCGAGUUGUAAUGAGGGUGCGGUGGCCGUUAACACCAUGCACGAAAUGUUUUGAUCGCAAGUGUACCGUACUAUCUUCGCACGCUGAAAAUAGUGUUUGUGCGGUAUACGUCCGAUCAUUGAAUCGAUAUCGAUUCAGAUUCGAUAGAGGUUAGGAGCUACAGAUAUGUUGAUUAAAUCUAGCAUAGCGUAUGACAUGGGAAUGGAGCUGAGUACCCCAUACCUGACCGCUGAUCUGCCCCCUUGAUUGCUUCAAAUUGUUCGUAAAAGAAAGAAAGAAAAAAAAAGAAAGACAAGAGAAGCAAAGAGAAAUCGAUUUUAUAACUCGUUUAACGUUUAUAAGAAUUUGGAAGAUGAAUCAGUAUAUUAUGUAUAUGUGUGUACUUCUCUCGAAGACAGAACUUAACAGGAGAUGAAAAGAAUGAAAUUAAAAGACAGAAACAAAACAAUGAGGAGAGACAUCAAGUCGUUAGCACGGUUCUCCUUUGUUCAUUUUUACGUUUGUCGCUCCGAAGCGCGAAGCAUUUUUUUUUCUACUCUCUUACAUCCUUUUUGCAUCCCUUUCCUUCCGAUCCUUGCCCCUCCGCCCUGUUUCUCCUUUCUCCUAUUCCCGAGAUCCCCAAAUUUUGUAAAUUGUGAUAUAAAUAAAUAACAAAUGUGUAUAGGUACGACGUGACAACCUUAUCGUGAGGAACCGUAAAUUCAAUGAAUAUUUUAUUUUUCACGGGAAUUCUCUCCUUUUUAACGCACUUUGUGAAUAUCGUGUAUUAUAAUAAUUACUAAUUAUAUUAAAUUUAAAUAUGA